CGUGACGGCUCUCAGGCUUCUCUCUACAUACAAUCAAAAAUUUAUAUUAGUCGAUAAUAACAGUACUCUUCAAUUACCUCGCAGCUUUUUACAACCUCUUUGAUAAUCACGAAAAUGUCUAAAGUUUUACCAGUGGAUAAAUCAAUGUAGUUUGUUUAAUAUUUAUGUAAUAUGAAUUCAAAUAUUUUUAUCGCCAAUUCUUAUUAAUUUCGAUAAAAAUUUGGAUGUAACUUAGAACACUUACAGAACUUUACUUUGUAAAUUUUAAAUCUUCGAUACAAUACUCGAUGUAUAUACAGGAAGAUGAAUCAUUUAUUUAACAACAUUGCUUAUAAAUCAUUAUAAAUAUAUAUUGCAAAAUACAAUGCUAGAGAAGGUGGAGUAUUUUAUGCUAUAGUUUAGAAGUAAAGUUGAAGGCAUCUAUUCAUUCUUCAUCCAAGAAGUCAAAAGAAAAUAAAAAGUGAAAUAUAUGGAAUAUAACAAUUUUAUAUAAAAAUCAAGACAAGUGAAAUAUUAUGAUCUUGAUUUUAUAUAAUUCAUGAUUUUACAUUAUGUACGUAACAUCUUCAGAUUUAAAAAAUGGAAGAUAUUAUUGUUGAUUGGUAUUUAUAUUCUUGCUUCAAAGUUAAAUGUUAUCUUACCAAGUUUAUAUCCUUCCAUAACACAACUGACAGAGUUGCACAAGUGUCCAGCGUGUUAUGGGAUUUCUGCGUGCCAUGACAUUCAUAAAAUAAAUCUUUUGUGGAACGAUGUUAACGCGAUAAUUUCUCAUUUGUUUGGCGUUAAAAACGUAUUCUUUGGAAUACAUGGACAAAACAAAGUGGUACUAAAAAAGCUGGCACAUUUUUCCGAGCUAAGAGCAUUUGAUAUUGUAUUAUGCAAAGAACUAUAUCUGGAAUAUCCUUGCUCAAACAUUCCGAUAGAUAGAUACACUGCAGAUUUUUAUGAUCUUAUCAAGAAGACAAUUACAUCUGACUUUUCUGAGGAUGACAUGCGUCGCUUGAGGCUUUGUCCAACAAUAGAACACUUGGAUGAUCUAUUUUAUAAUGUUCAUCUUAACAAUAAAUAUAUCAAUCCUAAGCACUAUUUAAUUAAUUUGUGGACAUUAAUAUCUAUAAAUCCAGAACCAUUAAUUCUUCAGAUAUUAUCAGCUGAAAAUGAUUGGCCUGUGCCAAAAUAUUUUGGAGCUUGCGGUCGAAUUGUUAUUGAAGAAUACAUCGGAUUACCACUUUUAGAUCAUUAUGACAAACCUUGGAUUCAAAGAGUAAAAGUAGCUUCAAGCCUUUUAAACGCUGCUUAUAUAUUCACUUUCAAGAAUGAAAGAUUUGCUUUUUAUUUAACUGAUGUAUCAGCUGAUAAUAUUGCUGUUGAUCAUGAAAACGUAGCAAAAUUUAUCGAUUUAGAGAAUAUAAUUGUUGUUGAUAAAAACGUUUCUCAAGAAGAGAGACCAAAAGAAUGGCAAAAAAUACAUAUGAACACAAUGCAUUUUGAUUAUCCUAAUUAUUUCAUAUUUUCUGCCGAAGAUAUUUGUAAUCAUCAUCUUAGUGAUCAUAAUUAUUAUGCAAUUUGUCAGCUUCUAUUAAGUUCAGGAAAUGAAAAUCCAUUUCCUGGUGGAUUUCUUCAUGAUAUACCAAUCAAUAUUCAACAGCUAUAUCCAGAUAUUGAGUAUCUACUACAACAAUGUGCCAUUCCUGAUUCUACUAGUUCCAGGAUAUUUUUUGGUCAGCAAUUUAAAGCAUUAUUGGAUGUGAUUUUAGAAGAGUUUUCUUAACUUGAAUAUAAUUUAAAGUAAUUUAAAUUUGAUAAUUCUUAACAUUAUU